AUGACGUUACUAAUUAGCGGCCGAGCCAAUAGUAGACGUCAGAUGCUCUGCACACCCACCACCUUCUCCCAGCCGUCCCCACACCGUGCUGCAUCCGGGAGGGGACUCUUGUGGGACGCGAGGAUCGACUGCAGUACUCCAAGGGCAACCGAGUACUGUAAUUUUACAAUGCAAAGAAUCCAGAAUGCUGGUUUUAGCACGGGCUCCCGCUGCGGCUGCAGCUCCUCUUCAGCCUCGAGCCGCUCCGGAAGUUCCAGCAGCUCCCCUGGCUCUCCGAGCCCUUCUCGGCGCAGGCAUGACAGCAGGCGGCGUUCCCGCUCCAAAUCCAAACCACCCAAAAGAGACGAAAAGGAAAGGAAACGGCGGAGCCCUUCCCCUAAACCCGCCAAAGUGCACGUUGGAAGGCUCACCAGGAAUGUGACCGAGGAUCACAUGGAGAUACUCUCCACCUACGGGAAAAUUAAAAUGAUUGACGUGCCUGUAGAAAGGAUGCACCCCCAUCUGUCUACAGGCUACGCAUAUGCGGAGUGUGAGAAUCCAGAUGAAGCCGAGAAGGCGCUGAGGCACGCGGAUGGAGGACACAUCGAUGGCCAGCAGAUCACUGCCACCGCUGUGCUGGCCCCCUGGCCUCGGCCACCCCCCAGGCGAUUCAGCCCUCCCAGGAGGAGAGUGCCGCCACCGCCACCCAUGUGGCGCAGGCCCCCCCCCACCCCGCAGAGGAGGAGAAGGUCGCGUCCCCCUCGGCGCAGGUCCCCCGGCCGCCGCAGCCCCAGGAGCUGCUCCAGCUUCAAUUCCUCCCGAUGCGCAGAGCCACCGAAGCUCUGCCCUGUGACUUGUAUUCCCGCCAACUCACUUUUGUCACUUUUCUCGACGAAGGAGGAUCGGUAG